CUUAACCCUCUUAAAACGCUGCUCUAGAUGUCUGGGUUUCUCAACAAUGGCGUUAAGCAUCUCCUUCACGUUUAUCGCUUCAGAUUUCAUGUCUUUUACUCAACAGCUGCUGCCGCAACUUCCCAAACCGAAUUCUUGGUAGAAACACUAGUGAACUCACUUGGCUUCUCCCAACGAGAAGCCCUUUCUACAAGUGCCAAGGUAAGUCGCUUGAGACCCAGAAAUUAUAACCCUAAUUCAGUGCUCAAUUUCUUGGAACACGUCGGUUUAGACAAGACCCAUAUCAAAAAGGUUGUUUCUUCAGUCCCCACAUUGCUGCUUUGUGAUGUAGAUAAAUACCUUAAGCCCAAAAUUGAAACUCUUAAAGAAGUUGGGUUAUGUGGGUCAGAGGACCUUGUCAAAAUCAUCAAAAACAGUGGAUGUUAUUUCAGCACUAGGGUAGGGUGUGCUAUCAGACAAAAUGUUGAUUAUCUUCACACCCUAUUAUUUAAUGAUGAUUUUGUUGCUAAGAUCAUUAAGAGGCAUCCUAAUGUAUUUUUUAGUUAUGCAUUUCAUGAAGUAAUGCCACCCAAUAUAUCAUUGCUGCAAAAUCUUGGGUUUUCAAGUGUUGAUAUAGAGAAGCUUAUGCUUUGGAAUCCUAGAAUUUUGACACAAAAGGCUGAGCGCCUCAAAGACUUAGUGGAUCGAGUAGAAAAAACUUUCUUUCUUUCUCGCGAUUGCAACAUGUUCAUACAUGGGGUUUAUGCACUUGCAUGGCUUGACGAGUUGACGGUGAAAAAGAGAUUAGAAAUCUUCAGGAGCUUCGGGUGGUCUGACUCGGAUAUUUUUACAUUGGUCCAAACAUGUCCUCUCUGUUUGACAAAAUCCGAAGCUAAGAUAAAAAAUGCAUUAAAUUUUUUAAUGAAGGAACUUGGAUAUGAGUCUCAUUACCUGGCUUCUCAUCCCACGUUUUUGACAUGUAGCUUGGAGAAAAGAGUUCUGCCUAGACAUAAUGUUUUGAAGCUAGUCAGCCAAAAGGAGCUGACAAAGUGUAGUCUGAACCUUUAUACUGCUGUGAUAUGUUCUGAGUCGAAGUUCUUAGAAAGAUAUGUGCUUCCUUUCAAGGAUGAAAUGCCUGAGGUCUAUGAUUUGUACAUCAAAAGUAGAAUGAGCAUCGGAAGAUAAAUACGAGUGAAAGUUCCACAAAAGAGGACAAAAAUACGAGAAAAAAGCACAAAAGCACGAAGUACCCAAACCGUGCUACAGACCAGGCUUCGCGAGGUCUAUAGCCA